AUGUCUUCAGCACUCAUCUACCACGAUGAGAAACCCGACGACGAGUUCGUUCAAGAGCGGUUCGGCGAGCUCAUGGACAUCACCAACGAGGCGCUCGUCAAGCUGGCCGUCAGCGUCCGCAGCAAGUACAGCACCACGGCGACGACCACGCCGACAGCCUGGGUGCUGCAGCACUGGCUUGGCACGUACAAUCUCAUCCACAUCGUCGAGUUCAGCGACGGGCUCAAAUACGUGAUCCGGGUGCCGGCCAGCGCGCGCCACGGCCAGAUGACCGAGACGGCGCGGCGGGCGCUGACGGCACAGGCGCACAUGAUGCGCUUCGUCAAGAAAAGCACCAGGAUCCCCAUGCCGGACGUCCUCGACUUCAACACCGGCUUCGCCAACCCGCUCAAGGCGCCCUACAUCGUCAUGGCCCACAUCCCUGGCCGCAUGGUCGCCGAAGCGUGGUUCGACCGCUCCGGCCCCGUGCCGCUGGAGGAAAAGCGGCUGCGUAUUCUGGACAGCGUGGCGGAGGCGAUGGCGCAGCUGCGUGGGUUUCAGUUCGAGCAGAUAGGGUCGAUUGAAGAGGAGGGUGGUAGCGGUAGCGGCGAGGAGAAGGAGAAGGAGAAGGAGAAAGGGAAUAAGCCCGGGCAAAGCGUGUUCCAGAUCGAGCAGUUCGGCCCCUUCACCUCGUCGGCGGCGUACCUGCGCAACCGGCUGCAGCGCACCAGUCAGUGGCAGGAUGAUAUCGGGGACCGUGGCAGCCGCGUGCUGCUCGACCUGAUGAUCGAGUGCUUGCCGCUGUCGACCAAGCGGCGCACCGAGCCCCGCGAGUCGUUCGUGCUCAGCAUCCCCGACCUCAGCGCCAAGAACGUGCUGAUCGACGACCACGGUGCCGUCACCGGCUUCGUUGACUGGGACGACGCCCACACCAUGCCGCGCUUCCUGGGCUAUACCUGCUUCCCGCACUGGAUCACCCCCAACCUCAACAUGCUGCGCAUGGGCUUGCCCAAGGAUAAGGACCAUGAGGACCCCCCCGAGCUAUUGAUGCAGUAUCGUCGGCGCUAUAACCGGAAGAUGCAGGCCUUGCUGCGUGGUGUGGGCGACGCGCGCUUCGUUAACAAGUCGCAUAUCUAUAGCGCCGUGCACUUCGCCAUCUGCCACCAGAGUUCCCGCUUGGAGAUCGUCUGUUGGCUCGUUGCCAGGGCUUUCCCCACGACUUUGCCCGCCGCCAUGAAGAUGGUGCUGUCUGCUGGCCAGGGGAAGCUGUCGACUAGCGAUAAGGAUCAGUUGACUAUCGGGUUUCAGGCGCUGUUCUCGAUUUACCAUUGACGGCUGACGGGGGUAUUGGUGGAUAAACUGCAGGAAUAUUAGAUGAAGCUAUUGGGAAAGGUGUUAUUGCUGGAAUUUAUUGCGGGAGAUAUCUGGCUGGAGUUGUGGUUGGCAUGCACAGUACAGUGCAUCAUCUUUGGUGGAACUGAACAUGGCGCUUUGGGUCUGGAUUGCGGGUUAGGGACUGUACCAUAGUUGAUACGCUUGUUGCCGAAUACAACCUUGUUCUUGG